CAAAUGGCUCUCGUAAAGAGGCUAAACAGUUAUCUCCAAUGAAGUUGGUUAUGUUCGUAUGUUUUUGUCAUUCCGUCCAUCCACGCUGCUCUCAUGUGCUGUCAAAAAUCUGGUAAAUCAUAACCGGAUAAUGCCAAAGCGCUCCCUGAGCGUUCCACCAGCGAAGAAAAAAAUUAAAUUCCAUCAUCAUCAAGUCAAUCAAAAAAUGGUUGUGCCGAAUUGCGAGUGUCCAUCCUCUGGUGAUGAUUCUAACCUAACUGGUGGCAAUAUGACUAUGUCGUCUGCCUCGGGGGACGUUAAAAUUGAGGAGGCGACUGCCAACAUCAAGGUGGAGUACUUGGACACUCCGAUCAAGUCUGAGAAUGACAAGAAGGAGUACAGGGUUAUCAAACUGCCUAACGGCCUCACUGCCCUUUUGAUAGCUGAUUUACAUUUUGCUAAUGGUGCCUGUGGAGAUGGAAAGGGAGCCUCUGACGAUGAUGACGUGGCUGCCGCAUCAUCAGAUGACUCCGACUCGGAUAGCUGCUGUGAGGAUGGCUCCGACCAGUCAGACACCGAAGAAGACACCGCCACAUCAGACGACGAGGACACCUUCUCCAAGCCCGCCAAGAACGUCGAGAAGAUGGCAGCCUGUGGUCUCUGCGUAAGUGUGGGUUCCUUCAGCGAUCCUCCCGACAUUCAAGGUCUCGCCCACUUCCUCGAGCACAUGGUGUUCAUGGGCUCCGAGAAAUACCCCCUGGAGAACGAAUUCGACGCGUUCGUAACGAAGCGCGGGGGCACAGACAACGCCUCCACUGAGUGCGAACAAACGACAUUCUACUUCGAAAUUCACGAGAAGCAUCUCCUGGGGGCCCUAGACCGUUUUGCCCAGCUGUUCAUCAAUCCCCUGAUGCUGAGAGAUGCCAUAACUCGAGAACGCGAAGCAGUGGAGAGUGAAUUCCAGAUGGCAUUGCCCUCGGACUUCUAUCGGAAGGAGCAGCUGUUCUGCAGCUUCGCCGAGUCUCAGCAUCCAGCGACAAAAUUUCCCUGGGGUAAUCUCGUAUCUCUACGUGACAUGGUGACCGAUGACAAGCUGUACCAGGAGCUCCACAAAUUUCGUGAACGUCACUACAGCGCCCACAGAAUGACAGUGACAAUUCAGGCAAGACUUCCCCUGGACACCCUGGAGACCUACGUGAAGCAGUGUUUCGCCAAUGUUCCCAAUAACAAUCUUCCUCCAGACGAUUUUUCGAAAUUCAAGGGAGCAAAGUCCUUCGAUACUGAUCGCUUUCGACGAAUUUAUAAGAUAAAACCGAUGAAGGAUAUCUGCCAGAUAGAGCUUACCUGGGCCCUGCCGUCUCUUCUUCACUUGUAUCGAGCGAAGCCCCAUCAGUACGUGUCUUGGAUAAUAGGACACGAGGGUAAGGGAUCCCUGAUAAGUUACUUGAGGGAAAAAAUGUGGGCAUUAGAUGUUUUCUGCGGGAAUGGUGAGGGUGGCUUUGAGCACAGUUCUAUGUAUGCACUGUUCAGUCUGGCUGUGACAUUAACGGAUGAGGGUCACGCACACCUCAAGGAAGUCCUCGACGCAAUAUUCUCGUAUAUUACGAUGAUGCGACGACUGGGACCCCAGAGGUGGAUUUUUGAUGAGAUUAAAAUGAUCGAGGAGACGAAUUUUAAAUUUGUCGAUGAGGUACCAGCUGCUGAGUACGUGGAGGAUCUCUGCGAGAAUAUGCACUUUUACUCCCCCAAGGAUUACAUAACAGGGGGCGAUCUGUACUUCGAGUACAAUCCUGAAGCGAUAGCUGAUUGCAUGGGAGCACUGACACCUGACAACGCCAACAUCAUGGUUCUUGAUAAGAAGUUCGAUGACCAGGACUUUGAGAAGGUGGAGCCCUGGUUUCAGACCAAGUACACGGAUACAGAGAUUCCUCGGGAUUGGGUGGAGUCAUGGAAAAAAUUGGAGCCCUUUCAGGAAUUCCAUCUGCCGGAGGCCAAUGUCUUCAUCACUGAUGACUUCAGUCUCAUCCCGAUAGAGUCAGAAGUGGAAUUUCCAGUGAGGAUCCAUCAGGACGUCCUCUCGGAGAUCUGGUACAAGCCGGACUUCAAGUUUCGGCUUCCAGAGUGCUACAUGCUCUUCAACUUCAUUUCACCAGCAUUCGUGGCUUCUCCAGAGGGCGCUGGAAUGACUGAUCUGAUGGUCAGUGUUCUCAAGCAGCUGCUCGUGGAGGAACUCUACCCAGCGACAGCUGUUGAGCUGAGUUAUGAGAUCGAACACGGGGACCGGGGACUUCUCGUCAAGGUGUCGGGUUUCAAUCAGAAGCUUCCACUGCUGCUGGAGACCAUCGGCAGGUACAUCGCCAACUGCUCGGAGUUGGUCACCGAGAGUUUGUUCGACGUCAUGAAGAAGGAGCAGCUGAAGACCUAUUACAAUACCUUCCUGAAGCCCUCGAAGCUGAACAAGGACGUGAGACUGUCCAUUCUGAUUGUUAAUCAUUGGUCGAAUGUCGAUAAACAUGCGGCUGUAGCCGAGGUGACCUUUGAGCAGUUCAGGCAUUUUGUGAGGGACUUUAACAGACAGAUUUACGUGCAAUCACUCGUCCAGGGGAAUAUUCGGAGGGAUGAGGUGAUUCAAAUCGUCACGAAGUUCUUUGACAUUCUUGGGUGUCAACCGUUGCUACCUAAUACUCUUCCUCACAACCGGGUCAAUGUCCUUCCACGUGGGGAAAGCCAUUGCUGCAGGGUCAGGAAUUUUAACGAAACAGAUGCUAAUUCUGUGGUGACUAAUUAUUAUCAGUCCGAUUUAUUCUCGACUAGACUCGCUGUCAUCAUCGAACUGGUGAUGAUGAUCAUGGAGGAGCCGUUGUUCAAUCAGCUCAGGACUCAGGAGCAAUUGGGGUACAAUGUGUUCUCCAUUUUGAGGAAUACCAGUGGAGUUUUUGGGUAUUCGGUGACCGUUCACACGCAAGCGGAUAAGUUCAGUGUUGAGCAUAUUGAUGAUAGGAUUGAGGAAUUCUUGAAGCAGUUCAAUGAGACACUGAAGAAAUCGACGGAGAAGGACUUCGAGGCAAUCAAGGAGGCGCUGGUCAGGAUGAAAGAGUGCGCGGAUAUUCAUCUGAAGGAGGAGGUCAUGAGGAACUGGGGGGAGAUAACCUCGAGGCAUUACGUUUUUGAUAGAAUCAGAAAGGAGCUGGAGAUGAUAUCGAAGGUCAAUCUGGAGGAAGUCAGGGACUGGGUGGAGGCGCAUAUCAGUGGGGGAAAAAAUCUGAGGAAGUUGAGUGUUCAGGUUGUGGGGAAUGCCAAGAGUGAUAAGCAGGGGGGAUAUGAUGAGAGGGAGGAGAAGAUCUUGAGGAAGAGGCACGUCGUCAGGUACGGGGGGGUCGUUGAAUACAAUUUGAAAUUUGUUACUAACUUGCCGGGGGAGAAAGUGAACAAAAUGGACGAUUAUUACAUUACUGACAUCGAAGAGUUUAAACAAGGAUUAUUUGUUUAUCCAGUACCGAGAGAAGAAGAUUAAUGACUUUUAUAGGACACGUAAUAAAAUUGUUUGACACAGCA